UCCACGGGUGUAAAAGUGAUGGCACCGGCCACAAUAUUCUGUUCAGUUUUCUCCACUCUCCAUGAUAUUCCUGUGACUUCCGUGAGAAUAAAAGGCAAACCACCGUCACAAACAAUUAUCCCUGACAAUUCAUUGAGUGUAAAAAGCAAUUCCUCGAGGAUUAUGAAAACAAAUGUCAAUUCGAGGGAUAGAUAACCUUACGUCCCCUGCAUUGUCAUAUCAGUGUUUUUUUUCAAGUGUAAUUGUUAGAAAUAAAUAUUGAACAUUCAUCUGGAGAGUAACGAGGCAUUUAAUUACGAAUUCCAGAGCUUCUGGAAAAAUAUUUUAUUUAUUAAUGAGAUGAAUAAUUCCGGAAAUUUUGAGGAUCAGGAUCCGGAUUAUGCAGCGCCUGGACCAAGCACUAGUUAUCAACAGAAGAUUUAUGAAGAGACAGCCCGCACAAACACCUCCCUCAAAAUCACUUCGAUAAUCGACCGUGAAUUCUCUCUCGAAAUCGACGCGAAAGAAAAGGAAAUCCUCGAAAUUCAAGAAAAACUCGACAAGGCCCUAAAAACCCUCCACUUCCUCCGUUACGUCAUAAUUUCGGACUUCUACAAUCGUAAACAAUGCCUCUCAAACCCCCCACCAGAAGUCAAACAAGUCAGACUGCACCCAGCAGUGCGCUCCGCCACCGGAAAAUCUCCGAAGUCCCAGAGCCCAUCGACUUUCCAUCCCUCGCCGCCCCCCUGCACCCUCCUCAAGCUCCCCUCAGACCUGGAAUCCUCAAGCGAUCCCUUGAACGACUCCUCUCACCCUCCCCCUGACCACCAAGACCUGCCCAAACCCUCGAAAAGAUCUUACGACAAGACUGACCCUUCCCCAGAGCCCCCCAAAAAGAUCCCCAGAUACGUUCCGCCGAAGACCUCCCAGCCAGACCCGAAAAUCCCCUCCCGAGGUGUCCGCCAUAAGAUCCGCCGGCGAAUAGUUGUCGGAAAUAUCUCAAAAUGGAUUCCCCCAGACUGGCGGGAGGAUGCGGCGUCUCACAAAUGGACGAUGUACGUCAGAGCCUCGAAAGAGGAAUCCGAUAUAUCAGAAGUUGUAUCGAAAGUUCGAUUUUUCCUCCACCCAAGCUAUCGUCCCAACGACGUAGUCGACGUCACCUCCCCUCCCUUCCACCUGUGCCGGAGAGGGUGGGGGGAAUUCCCACUGAGAGUGCAACUCCAUUUUAAGAAUCAAAAUAACAAGCCGAUGGACAUAAUCCAUCAUCUGAAGUUGGAUAGAACGUACACGGGCCUGCAGACCCUCGGAUCUGAGACCGUUGUCGAUAUCUGGAUCAAUACUCUGGCUUGUGAGGUUUCCGACAACAAAAUGGGGGCUUCUGAGCAAGUGACAAAAUGGCCGCCUCUGAGCGGUGUAAAACAGGAGGACUGUUGGGAGCUUUCUUCGGGGACCCCUGAGGACUCACUCAGGAUUAAGGAGGAAAAACCUGAUGAGGAUGAGGUCAGGGUACUCUCUCACGUCCAUUUUGAACACGAUUACGCGAGUUUCGAAAGGCCUGAGGAGGACAAUGUGACCAUUGCUCAUUCUCCUGAGAAAGGGGUCGAAGUCAAUCGCCAAAAUCAUCACAACGGGAUUUCCAGUGAUUCGUUGGAAUCAUCGGAGGCCCAAAAUUCCCCGACAAUAAUUCAAAAUGGCGAAUCACCUAGGAAGAAUAAUUCCGUCCUAAACUCAGAGAUUAAAAUUCGGCCGAAAAUCUUUGAAAACGGAUCGUCAGUGCUGCAGCCUUUAAAAAUCACAAUUCCCUCCCACUUCGAGUCGCUCAAUCUGAAAAAAGCGUCUGAUAAGCCGCUACCCCCGAAAAUAAUUGUCCUAAAAGACAAUAACGAUAGAGUCAUCAAGCUAGACAUGAACGCAACUAAAAAAGCCGUCAGUCUGUUGAAGAAACCGCGAGCCGCCGUGAGCCUGAUCCUCGAUCCCUCAAAGAGCAUAAUCCUGAAUUCCUCCGCGAACAUUCCUGUCUUGAAAAUCGCGGAUUCCAAGUUGAAGCUACCGGAGCAUCGCGACAAGCCAAACGGAAAAUUCCCAAGAGCAAAAGUGACGAUUGGCAAGGACAAAACGAAGUUAGGAAGUAGGAAGGAAUUCUACGAUGGAAUUCUCAAGAGCCUCGAGGAGGUUAGAAUUCCCGGCGAUGUAGAGGGCGUCAUGAGGUUCAUAAUCAAAAGAAUUCCGAUAGUGUCGCCUCACUCGGGGGAUCCUGAGUACCGAAGGCUUCAUCCUUACGUUUGCGGAAGUGAUGAGGAAUUCCUAGGAUUCAAUCUUGGAAAGCAGAGGGCGCUGGAGUGGUACAGGGCCAAGGAAAUCUGUGGGCUAUUGAGGAAAAGGGGGCUGGGGGAGGGGGAAAUAUGGACGAUUAAGGAGAUUAUGCUGUGGUGUCGACUGCAUGGAUUCACUCCUGUCAGGAGUGGGAGAGGGGGAAAAUCGGAGAUAACGGUGGAUGUGGGGGAUGGAGGGGAGGAAUUCAACAGUUGUACGGAGCCGGUCGAGCUCAUCGAGUGGCUGCGGCAGGGGGGGGAGGAGGUGAUCGAGGAUGAGAAGGAGGUGGAUGUGGUAGGUUUGGCGGAGGAGAAGGCAAGGAGGGGAGGUGGCCAGGAAGAGGUGGGGAGGGGAGUGACGAUGGAGGUGCCGAAAUCAGCCGAGCCGAUUUAUUCGUAUGUCUGCGGGAGUGUUAGGCAGAUCGGUGUGAAGCUGGAGGGGGAGGAGGUGGUGGAGGGGGUGAUGCACGAUGCUGCUGGACGAGUGCUGGCUAAGGCUGUUGAGUGCUUGAUGGAAGAUCUGCUGAGGUCUUCGCUGGCGCAAUCCUUCGAGAGAACUGGGAAUCGAAGCUGCCCAGAGAAAAUAAGUUUAGAAGACGUACGAGCUGCCGUAGCCAGUAGAGAUGAAUUUGAUAUAUUCACGAACAACGGUCUUGGGACACAAAAUGGCGAGUGAUUUCAGCUCCAUCCAACUGGGAUAUUAAAAUUGUCGAUCUCCUUCCUCAAGAAAUCAUAGACUGGUUUGAAAUACCUCGUGAGAGGCUCUACACGUAGUUUCGGUACUCUUGACAAUUGUUGUAAUGCACUGGAGAGGUCUACACUACUGCCCAUCUUCAUCACGCUCCUGAGGAGAAAGGGAGAAUUUUUUUAAUGAUUAAAACAUGAUUUUAUUUGUUGCGAUUUCAUUGGAUAUUAUUCUUCCACGAUUUGUGAAUAAUGAAGCUGAAUACAUGUGAUUUUUUCAACGAAUUUUGUACAUUGCAGAGUGAAAUUAAUGGUUGAUGAUGAAAUAUACGUUUUUCAAUA